UUUUAUAACGAAAGCGAUAUGUAUUUCAAAGUGACAAUACUGAAAAAUAUUAUUUAAAAACAAUAUUGGUGUUUUGAACUCGUUAAAUAAUUCUAUUAUUCAAACGAUAAGAAAUGUUUACUCAACAAAUGUAAUACAAAACAUGAAUACACUAAUUUAUUAGCACAUAUGUGGCAACAGUGUAUGGAAUGGAAUAUCCAAAAGUGAGUUCGAAAAAUACGCACGAGGGGGAGGCUCUUUCAACCGUCUAACUCGUGAUGGCGGAUACCAAGGCGAAAACCGCUGCGCCCAAGGCAGCAGCUCCUAAGGAUGCUGCUUCCGCCAAAAAGGGCGAAAAGAAGAGGGUCAGCAGACCAAGGAACUACGACUUGGGAAAUGGAGUUUACAGGUUUAGCCGUAGUCGUAUGUACCACAAAAAGGCCAUCUACAAGUUCAUUGGCAAGAAGACACCCAAGAAGGAAGUACCCAAGAAACUUGUAAGCAUCGAAAAGAAGAUUAAUGGUGAGAAGAAUGGAGGAACUAGGACUGUUCUCCUUAAGAAGAGGAAGGCAAAUUAUCCUACCUCAGAUCCCAUUGUCCCUCACCCCACCAAGAGGUGCUUCAAGGAUCACACCCGGUACAUCAGACCAUCGCUGAAACCAGGAACCGUCCUUAUUCUGUUGGCUGGACCUCACAAGGGAAAGCGUGUUGUCCUCCUCAAAGCCCUGAAGAGUGGUUUACUCCUUGUCACUGGGCCUUUCCUCAUCAAUGCAUGCCCAAUGAGGAGAAUCAACCAAAUUUACGUCAUCGCUACCAGCACAAGGAUUAACUUGUCUGGUUUCAAGCUUCCAAAACACAUCAAUGACGAUUACUUCAAGAGGAAACACGAGAAGCGUGCAAAGAAAGAGGAAGGUGACAUCUUUGCCAAGAAGAAGGAGGAGUACAAACCCAGCGAACAGAGGAAAGUGGACCAGAAAGUUAUCGACAAGGCUGUCAUUGAUGCUAUCAAGAAGAGCGCUGACAAGAAAGUGCUCUUUGCCUACCUUGCAUCGAUGUUUGGACUGCGUAGCAGUCAGUACCCACACAGGAUGAAGUUCUAAGUUAAUUGCAAUUUACUAUUUUAUCCAUAAGAUCGUGGGAUUAAUAAAAAAAUUUUUAAAACCGAA